UCGUGCGCAAUACGAUAUUCAAGAUGGCUACGAAGAAGACAGAAGAUAUAAAUUUUCAUACGUUCAUCUAAUUACAGAAAUAAUUACUAUCGAGAUUCGGUAAAAUAUAUCGACGUCGUGUGUUUGGCAGAAGGAUAUAAUUUAUUUGUUUUCCAUCGAUCAGUUUUUACGUCGUAUUAAUUAAUAUUUUACAAUUUUCAUAUUUCAACGAGUUCCACGGCUCGUAUUAACGGAGGAAGAAAAAUACUGUGAUCGGAAGAGAGGAUGAUACGCAUAAAUGGAUACGUCGCUGCUUUAUAUAUGGGAUACGAGGACGGAUCGUACGGAGGAUGAAAGUGGAGAUACUUGUAACUGGAAAAUGUCUUAACGGUGGUGUCUCCCUUUGGAAAAAAGUAUCAUUGGAAAAAUUUGGAAGCACACGUGUGGCGAACGAGGAACGUUCGUACGAGAACUACGCUCUUAAAAGCUCCGGGAAAAUUAUCGCGAUCUACCAGUAGGAGGAUCGUGGCGCGAACGUUUAUUUUGCACUUGUCGAACGUAUUACGAUGGACCAUUCCUGGUUCGCGGUGUACCUGACUCUCGGUUGUCUCGUCGUUGGAGUUCUCCCACAGUAUAGAGAGAAAAAUACCAGAGAAGAAAUAGAAGAAAAAGAAGAGGAUGUGGAUAAGCGUCGCGCGCGAUACAAGGAGAAAUUUAAUUCCAAGUUGAAGUCGCGUUUGAAUGUGGAAGUGUGCGCUGCGCGAGGCAAAAAGGAAAUAACGAGGUCGAUCGAGCCAAGUGCUUUUCCACGGCGCGACGUGCGAUGCCUCGAAAGCCCGGUUAUGCCGUUGUUGCACCGAAGGGAUAUAAUAGGCACGGCCGAGAACGACGCGGUUCAAGCUCUCCUGGCCAGAUAUCUGCAGAAACGUCUCCAAGGUACUCAACUCUCGACGCUGCCGCCGCCGGCUGUCCUCUUCAACUCUCGUCAUCAGGCGAAAGUCCGUCAGGCCGCGCAGAAAGGCUCGACGACGAACAACGGCGGCUUAACUCGCAACUCUCAUGCUUCUUCUAACUACAAGGAUAAUAGGAAGCACAGAGAGGACUACGAGGAUGAUUACGUGGACGAUCUUCAAGGGUUCGAGGACAGCGAUAGGAGCAGGACUAGAAUCGAUCUUCUUGCUGACGACUGUCCAAAUUGCGUCGACGAACAAAGCAACAGCUUGAGCGCCUCCAGAUGGACGAUGCCGUUGCUGAAGCUUGGCGAGAAACGUUACUACCUGGGUAUCUUCUUCAAGGCCAACUGGUACAGAGCGUCGCAGUACUGUCGUUAUCACGGUAUGCACCUGGCUAGCAUAGCCUCCCAAGAGGAAAAUGAUAGACUGGAAAAACACAUCAAAGAUUUCGGACUCGGGCACGAACAUUUCUGGACGUCUGGUACGGAUCAGGCGGAAGAGGGGACUUUCUUUUGGAUGGCCAAUGGUCGGCCAAUCACGUUCGAGAACUGGAACGUCGGCGAACCCAACAAUUUCCGAUACGAAAACGGCGAGGAGGAACACUGUUUGGAAUUGUGGAAUAGGGACGGUAAAGGGUUAAAAUGGAACGACAGCCCUUGCAGCUUCGAAACUUUUUUCGUCUGUGAAGUACAGUGACGGGGGAGAGGAGGAGGGAGAGAAAGGGAGAGGGUCGUCGUAACACGAGCGAUACUUACACCCUCGUCCCUAUACACGGACACACAUAUAUGCGCGCACACACAUAGACACAUCUAAAGGGUAAGAAGGACGAGUACACGACAGACGUCGAAAGAGAAAGAGCAAGAAGUCCGUCAGGCAAUUUUCAAACCUCGUUCGAGCCAACCCAGUGCCAAAGGUUUUCCCACGAAUGUAACCCUUCAUCGAUCACUUUGGUUCGUUUACGCUUACGCGACGCGCCGCAUUCGGGUUGGAAGGAGCAGGAGGAGGAGGAGGAGGAGGAUAAGGGGAUGGAUCGAAGUUGUUGGCUACUGGAAUCGAAGAGAACGUACGGAGAAGAAAAGAGUUUCCGAAUUGACCGAAAAACAAAACAAAAAAAAGAAAGAAAGGAGUAUUUUAUCGUCGACGUCACGCAGGAAAGUUUUUACCGUGUAUUUCUGUGUGUGCAUCGAUCUAUGCGCGUGUGAUCUAUGUGCGUGCAACUCGUUGUUUUUUCUCUUCUUUUUUCUUCCUGUUUCUUUUCCUUUCUUCUUUUUCCUCUUUUUUUCUUUCUUUCUUUUUUUUUUUUUCUUUUAAUUUUAAAACGACACGUAACGUUAUUUUAUUGACUCUACUUCUCGUUUGAAGGGACAGCAAAGGGACAUUACCACGCGUCCUCUGUUGAAUUAAGAGAGAGGAAGAAGAAACUGGUGGUACGCGCGCGCCUACGUGCGCGCGAUCGUGCCCGCUCGUCGUUUGAUGUUUUAACGAAUUAUAGAGUUAUAAUUAAAAAGAUUAAUUUAAGCCAGGGAACAUAGUUUCCUGGACAUAAAGCGAUACACGUCUACACGAUAUUAUAUUAUUACACGACUUUUAGAUAUCCUGCAUACCGCUUUUUCCUAUUGUUUUUAAUUAAUUACCGAAUUAGUUAAUUAACGAGAGAUGUUUGAAAGGAUAGAUGGUUGUUCUUUCAGGAAGAGAACGCGCUAGGAAGCGUUGUAUGUACAUAUUAAAUAGAAACGUACGAAUGGAUAGAUACUUGGUUGAAAAA